AUGUACGGUAGAGUCUUUUGGAGCAUUCUGGAGCAUAUGGGACAUGAAGGAGCAUGGAGGGACUUGGCACAUGGAAGCAGCUCAACUGGAUACGCAAAGGAAGAAGGGAGAAGCCAUCUUGAAGACCAGCUCGACCGUCUACUCGACCAACCGGUCGAGUUCCUCAACUCGACCGGCCAAGCUUCAACUCGAUCGAGCUGA